AUGAAAAGAAGUUUCCAUGAGGAUCCUGAGGUGACAGACGGCUCGGGACAGGCUCAAAGCCCCGAUUCCCAAGGGAAGCCAAAGCCAAAUGCUGACACACCGGAGCACCAGGAAGAAGAGGAGCGGGAAAGCCGGGAAGCGGACUCGCCAGGCAGUUCACACAACGGAGGAAAGACGACGGCUCCAGAGCGAAGCCAGGCCAAGCAACUCACCACAGUUGCUUUAUCCCAGAACUCGGCAGGGAAGUUCGUGCCGGUCUUCACGAAGCCGAAGGAGAAUCCGGCAGAGAGGCGCAAGCGAAACCGCCUGCCAAGGAGGCAAAGGGAGCAGGAAGGAACAGGCUGUAAUUCCCAAAACACGGAUUCCAGCCCCGAAUGGAAGUCAUCAGAGGCAACGACGCGGGACGAGAGGCCUCAGGCAGAGGCACCCGAGCAGCCAAAUUUAAUUGAGGGCCAAACAGAAGAGGAUGGGGCAAUUCCAGAACACCAGGGGCAACUCCAGAGCGCUCCGGAGCCGGAUAACCCACAGAAUUGCUCCCGAAUGGAGAAGAGCAGCUGCAAUCCUGAGGGGGAGUCAGCUCAGCGGGAACAGCAAGGAGAGGAGCUGGAAUUCCGCUCCCAAGGCGAAACCGGUGAGAAAACCUCGUUGACCGAAGCCCCUUCGGUAUUUCCGGAUAUUCCGGAUAAGAGUUGCCAGGACAGGAGCCUCUCCAUGGAGAUUUCGGAGCAUCUCUGCGCAGUGGAAAUAAAUGGGAAUGAGACAGGUGAAGAUGGUGACAAGGAGCCGCCGCGCGCGUCCGGCGCGGACACGGAGCAGAACGGAGCCGUCGCUGCUCCGCACAGCCGGAUUGAGGAGGGAAGCGCCGGAGAUGCCAGCGGGAAAGAGCCGAGCGAGGCCGAAACGGGAGCUAAAGAUGGAGCGGUGGAAAACCAAGCGGGAUCAUUGGAAAACGCCGCCGCAGCCGAGGAUUGCCUGGCUCCGGAGGCGGGGGAAGGGCGGAGCGGCGCCGGCAGCGCCUCCGGAGCGGAUCCAGGCGCCUGCGGCCUGGCUGGGACCACGGGGCUGAAUGUGGAAGCUCUUUCCAUACAGGAAAACGGGGAAGCUCCCGAUCCAGCCAGUCCAGUUUGCUGGGAAGGUGGGAGCGUGAGCCAGGGCCGCAGCGCAUCCCUGCAGCCACCUGCUCCCAAGGGAGAGACGGAUGGAAAGGAGGCAGAAAAAGAAGGAAAAGCCUCUCCAGGGAGCAGCUCGGUGCCCGAUUCACCCGUCUCCAUCCAUGGAGCUUCCGCACGGAAAAGGAAACAAGAACUUCCAGAGGAAGGGAAGGAAAACGCCGAGCCCGGUCUUGGAGAGGAGCUGCCGGAUCUGGAGGUCCCACAGGGAAAGAUGCAGAUCCUGGAGGCAGGAGGGAAGGCUACUCCCUGCCCACGCGGCCUCCAGAAUUGCGGAGCAAAUUCCAAAGAGGCAGCGCUCGCCGGAGAAGCCGUGGAGCCCAUUCCCAUGGGAAGCACCUCUCCAAGAGAAGCAGCAGCCGGUUGUGCCGAGAAACCUGCUCCCGACGGCAGGAAUCUCCUUCCUGCGGCACAGCGGGAUUUGCCCAACGGAGAAGCCAUGGAGCCCGAGGAGGAAUCCCGCUCGCCGGGGGCAUCGGAGCCGUCGGCCCACAUCCCUUCACCGCAGCCAGUUUCCACUGAUGCUAAAAGCGACUCUUCCACGGUCCACAGCGAGCUGGGCUCCGAGGAAGGACAAAAAACCCUGGAAAAGCCCGAGCCGGUCACCGACAUCAGCGGCCCGGGCCAGCAGCAACCCAGUCUGGAGGCAUCGGAGGCGCUUCCCGGCCCUUCCCAGCAGGAAGACGCCACGGACGUCGUGUGCGGCCUCAUCGCGGAGCUCUCCAAGCUCAACCGCCUGAUAAUGAGCGCGCACCGGGAUCUGGAAUCCCUGAAGAGGCUGAAAUACCGGAAAAGCAGAAGAUCGGGGAAGUUUCCGGCACCCAGGGGGGCACCCGUCACCCCCAGUCCCGGGAGGAAAUGGAAGGACACGUAG